CAUCUGGUGCAGAACGACUGGACUCGAAUCAAGGACCAAUUUUUAAGCUGCAGCUGAAGCGGAAAGUCAGAGAAGCUGUGGAUCCAAAGACAAGAGAUCUAUAAUACAUCAAAUCAAAACUUCGUGAUUCAGCUUCAGCUUCAACAAUUACAAUGCUGUUCCUGAAGCUCAUUCUACUUACCUUUAUUGCAACUCAAGACACGUUUGUUUACGGAGGAAAUAUUAUUACCUGCAAAGGUGAUAUCCAUCGCCUUGCUUGCGACACUGGGCUGAUAAAAGUGCAGUCUUCUGUAUAUGGCCGUACUGACAACACUACCUGUAGUAUUGACUGGUCCUACAAUAAUGCGGUCAAUACCAGCUGUUCCUUGGGAAUUUCCACUAUUGCUGAUAGAUGCAAUGGCCAGCGUGUGUGUGAGUUAAAGACAGAUUCAUUUGACACCCCUGACCUGUGUCCUGAAACUUACAAGUACUAUAACACCACUUACGAGUGCAUUGAUGGACGAGUCACUGUAAUCUGUGAACGUGGCUACAGCACACUGGAUUGUGGAGAUACUUUAAUUCAGAUCAUAAAUGCGAACUAUGGACGCUCUGAUUCAGUAACCUGUUCCAGUGGACUAUAUAACAGUCUGGUCCUGAACACCAACUGUUACAGUCCAAACACACGCUCAGCUGUGGUGAAACUGUGUCAUGGACAAAGGAGAUGCACUGUAGAAGCUUCAGACAGCAUCUUUACUGAUGUUUGUACCGGAACUGUUAAAUACCUCACUGUGUCCUACACCUGCAUUGAAUUAAAAAAAUCUGUUACCUGUGAACACAACACUGCUAUCCUGCAAUGUGGUGCUAAGCUCAUAAAGCUCAUCAGUGCUAACUACGGCCGAACCGAUUCCACCACAUGUUCAGCAGGAAAACCCUACAAUCAAAUCUUCAAGACAAACUGCUACAUGCCUAACACACUCAAAUUAGUUGAGGCCAGAUGUGAAGGAAAGAGCAGCUGUGAGGUGCCUGCCACAAAUACUGUCUUCUCUGACCCCUGCAAUGGCACCUUUAAGUUCCUCAAUAUUGUGUACACUUGUGAUAAUGCGAUUCAGAUCAUAAAUGCCAUCUAUGGACGUGCUGAUUCUACAACCUGUUCAAAUGGAGCCACCACUUGCGUGACCAAGAACACUAACUGUUACGCUCCAAGAACACGUGCAAUUGUGGCCUCACUCUUCAACAGCAGCAUAUACAGCAUCAUGAUGCUUUUCCUGAAGUUCACCCUGCUCGCCCUGCUCAUUGCAGCACUGGACCUGCGUGUUUCUGGAGUCACUGUAAUAACCUGUGAUGGUAAAGUCCAGCGCCUGGCUUGUGCCUCUGGAGUGAUACAGGUGGCGUCUACUAUAUAUGGGCGUACAAACCGAAACACCUGCACUUUUAAUCGUCAACCUUUUGGGUGUGCUAGAACUAACUGUGCCAUGGGGACUUCUGUAAUUGCAGACAGAUGCAACGGACUAAAAACGUGUGUGGUAAACACAAAAUCACUUCGCAUCUCUGACCCAUGUUAUGGAACUUACAAGUACUACACAACCACCUACAACUGCGUCCAAGGCCGGGUGGCUGUGAUCUGUCAGCGGGGCCAAAAAACACUAAAUUGUGGUCAUAAUAUUAUUCAGAUCAUCAAAGCAACCUACGGACGUGAUGAUUCUGGAACCUGUAUAAAAAGAAAGUUCUUUCUUCCCAAGAGAACCAACUGUAAUGCUCCAAGAGCAAGUGCAACUGUGGCCUCACUGUGUAAUGGACGGACAAGAUGCACACUUAAAGCUACAAACAGAGUCUUUUCAAAUCCCUGCAUUGGUGUUCCUAAAUACCUCACAGUGUCUUACAGAUGCAAUCCUGCUCCUAGGCACACUGUGACCUGUGAAGGCAACAAUGCUGUGCUGGCAUGUGGUGCUCAUCGUAUAAGGAUCAUCAGUGCUAACUACGGCCGAACUGACUCCCUCACAUGUGCUGCAGGACGUCCUCACCAACAAAUCACCAGAGCAAACUGUUAUACACCCUGGGCACUAGGACAGAUGGUAGCGAGAUGUGGAGGAAGGAACAUAUGUGUGGUGCCUGCUACAAAUGGUGUCUUCUCUGACCCCUGCGUUGGCACCUAUAAGUACCUCAGAGUUUCAUACAACUGUGUCUAACUUUUCAUGAGGGACUCCAGUUUUCUCCACCCAGUGGAAACUCAUCAUUCUGAAGGACCAACUUUUAAAUCUUCAAUCAUACAGAUGUUAGAUGUAGGAGUUAUGGGGGUUUUGCAUGUUAUAUAAUCAACUGCUGUAAUG